AUGCUGCCGGAUAAACGAAUAAUUGCGAUAGCAGCAGCGAUUAUACUAGCUGUGGCUUGGAUAUUUUAUGUUGCAGGCAACGCUGCUCCGUCAUGGGGUCAACAAGAUUCUGAUUAUUUGCCGAAUAAUGGAAACAUAGUCCAACAAGUUGAAGAAAUAUUUAACACAUAUCGAACACCAUUUUGUCUUAAUGAACAUCAUUGGUAUGUUCAAUGUGAUUGUAAUCAAAAUAAUCGAGAUGAAAAUAUUCAUUUAUAUACAAUACCAUAUUGUUCUAAUAGAUUAACUCAUCUAGAACUCGAUACUUAUAGAUCAAUUGGUCGCCUUGAUUUAAUACAUAGUUCCGAUUGGGAAUAUCUUGAGAAUACAGAACUUUCUUUAUUAGCCAAUUCGCCAUUAGGACAUCAAUGUGAAGUUCUUUUAAUAAAAGUCUCAGUUCAAGAAAAUAUUUUUGAUCUUAUCAAUACAAUGUCAAAUCUUCGAGCUUUAACAUGUUCGAUUAUUUCACUUCAACAAUUGGAGUCAAAUUAUGAUGAAGUAUCAUCGAAUACGAUCAAGAAUGAUCUCCUCUGGUUACAAAAUCAUUUGUCAUCUACGUUGUCUAUUCGUCUAGAACCUCUUUUUAAAUUAUCACAAUCAAAUGAAUAUUCAAUAAAAUUAUCAUAUUUACAAUUAGUUAAAGAAAGACAAUCAUCAAAUAAAAAUAAACUUGUUCCAUAUAAUUCUAUAGUUGGUGUAGCUUCAUCAAAUGUAAUUGCUUAUUCAAAUGGUAAUGAUACAUAUUAUUCAAAUGAAAAUCAUUAUAUAUAUGGAAUAUAUAUGGGAUUAAAAUGGCAAUGUGUUGAAUAUGCACGUCGAUGGACUUUUUUUCGUAAAAGUUCAAUAUUUGAAAGUGUUGUAGGUGCUAAUGAUAUAUGGAAUCAAAUAAAAUAUAUUGAAAGAAUUAUUGAUAAAGAAAAAUUUCCAUUAAAAAAACAUUUCAAUGGUUCACCAAAUCCACCAAUAAAUGAAACAUAUUUAAUUUAUCCAAUACAAAAAGAUAUGCCUUAUGGUCAUAUUUCUGUUAUUGUUGAUGUUUUAAAAAAUUCUAUUAGAAUUGCUGAACAAAAUUUUUAUUUUACUUAUUGGAAAGAUAAUUAUGCUCGAGAAAUUCCAUUUGUAUAUAAAAAUGGUCUUUAUUAUAUUGAAGAUGAAUAUGAAAUUUAUGGAUGGUUAGAAAUUGAUGAUUCAAAAGAACAAUUAAAACCAUUAAAUAAAUUAACAAUUGAAAAAAUUCAAAUGAAAUAUGAAAAUAUGUGA